AUGCAAUGUUCAUAUUCCUUUGCUUUUCAUUUUUAUAAUUACACUCAGUCCAAAUUUGUUUGGUUCAUUCAUUUUCAAAUUGUUCUCUCUCUUUUUUCUUUUCUCUCUUUUUUCUUUCUCUCUUUUCUUUCUCUCUCUCUUUUUUUUCUCUUUUUUCUCUUUUUCUUCUCUUUUCUCUCUCUUUUUCUCUCUCUCUUUCUCUCUCUCUCUUUCUCUCUCUCUUUCUCUCUUCUCUCUCUCUCUCUUUCUCUCUCUCUAAUUCUCUUCUCUCACUUAUUUCUUUUAACCUCAUGUUUUCUAACUUCUCACUCUUCACCUCUCCUGAUUUCUUUCCAAGACCAUCUCACUUCAUUUCUUCCUCUUUUAAGUUUUUCUUUUCCAAUGAAGGCCAAGUCUUUACCAACCACACCAGCAGAAGAAAUGCAAAGAAAAUUCCCAUCACAAGAAAAUAUCUUCAUGGAGCCACAACCAGAUUACUUGCUAGAUGAUAAUUCCGACAGUUACUAUGGCGAUGAGACAGAUUAUCACCCAGCUAAUGGUGGGGUGGAUGAAGAUGUGCUCAUCCAGCCCAAAAAGUUGAUCAACCCUUGUAUGCAGUCGAAGGAACGACGAGAUUUACACAAAGAACUUUUAUUCAAUCACAAACAUGGUAAGAAUGUCUUGAAAAAACCAGAACUUGAAAAAGUCCUGCAACAAAGGAAAGAAGCCCAGAGAAUUAAAGAAUGGGAUGAACAGAAAUCGGUAAACAAAAGAACGAGUCUAGAACUCAUGUUGGAAGAGAGGAAAAACCGACUCUCACAGGAAGAAGACAAAGGUGAAAAAUUAAAACAUGCCAAUGCAGAAUUUGAAAGUCGACCAGAAUACUUGAAGGUCCAUGCCAAAAUUCAUGCCAAGGUGGCUGCAAAUGCUAAUAAAAUGGAAUGA